AUGGAGGACCCUUUGGUUCCGGCCACGAAUGGAGCGGCCAUUGGAAGACCUGUUUCGCCUGCUCCGCCGGUCACAUCGACGAUAGACCCUCAAUUAAUCAUCUCAUAUCUGGAAUCCGUCCUCCAUGUCACCCUAGGCGCAUCGAGGGAGGAGCUACAGGCCAACAACAGUUUCCUGAGUCAGGAAAACUUGCCAGAGACACUUGCGCGAUGUCAAAGAUUCGCCUCCGACGCCCAGGUUGCCAUAUAUGUCCAGCAAGAGGCCCUGGACACUGCAGAUGGCAUCCAGGGUGAUGGUGAUGCUCUGAUAUCGACGCAAUCUACAUAUCUUCUCGACUCGAAGCUCACCUACACACCAUCAACGGCCUCAUGCGUUGCCAUUCUCAAACGCCCUGUGCCCAUCCUACCCACCGUUCCCAUCAGCAGCCAGCUGUCAGUAAUCAACCUGCCCGGUGCAGGUGCCUCCUUAUCGACGAACCCCAACGCUGGCUCUUCCGCAUCACCAUUUGAAGCCCUACACUCUCUCGUACAUUUUGCCUUGGCCCCCUACUUCGAUGCCUGCACAAAGAACCAAGAAUCGAAUCAUGCAUACACCAAACACACAGAUGCCGAGUCUCGUACUGGUAUUCCUGGAGCAAAGAGGAGGAUAGCUGAGCUCGAACUCAGUCUGCGGAAUCUACAACAGAACAUCGAUGUGCCCGACCUGCAUCUACCUAUACACCCCGUAAUCCAAGCCGCUGUCGAUGAAGCUGCCGCCCGCGCCGAGAAGCCCACUCCAGCACACCUACCCCAAUCUUUGCUCACCGAUGCUCACUUCCUGAACAACCUGCAAGCUGCCGUAAAUGGCUGGAUCAAGGCGAUUCAGGAGAGCACCCAGCGCUCCCGCGACCCCAGCACUGGCACGGCCAUGCAAGAGAAGAAUUUCUGGUUGUCCAUGGAGUCCGCUUUGGACAGCAUUGAGCGUCAGCAAAACAGCGAUCCUGUACGUCUGUCGCUCGACGUACUCAGUCAAGCCAAACGUCACGCGACUGCUGUCAGUUUCCACGCGGAUACUGGUUUCAAAGAGGCUGCCGAUAAAGUGACCAAGUACAACCAGCUAAUGCGAGAGCUUCCGUUGGAGGAGCUGCUUGCCGCUGCUACUUUGGUCAAGAUUCAAGAAGCGCUUGACCAAGUCUUCCAGCAUAUCAACAAGAAACUGAGAGUGUGCGCAUACCCAAUUCGCCGUGCUUUGCCCUUGGUUGAAGCCAUCUCUGGUGAUCUGGAUACAAGACUCCACGAAUUGCUUCACGGUCGCAGCCUCAUGCAUCUCGACUUUCAGGAGUUUCAAAGCCUGAUGGCUGCGACGGAUAAGAUUUGGGACAUCUGGGAGGAAAACUUCAAGGAGUUUGCUAAUGCUGCAAGAGAGGUAAUUAGACGCAGAGGCGAGAAGUUCAUUCCUAUCAAGAUCGACCCAUGUCACAAGCAGACCAAGGAUCGCCUAAGGUACAUCAACACUUUCCGCGUCAAUCACGAACAGCUUCGCGACACCAUCGCCAACGUGCUGGGUGAAGAUCAGGACAACAUCCACAAUGAUGGUGUCUCUGGCUCGGUCAUUAUCGAAGAGAUGGGCGACGUCGACGCAAUCGAUGAGAUCUCUCAAGCGUACUCUGUCCUGAAAGAUGUGGAUGUCCUUGAUGUUUCUGAAGAGGGUACUCGCAUCUGGGUGCGUGCCGAAGCCACAUACAAUGAACGCACAGCACGAGUCGAGAAUUCAAUCAUUGCUCGCUUGAGAGACCGCCUAGCACUCGCCAAGAACUCGAACGAGAUGUUCCGUGUCUUCUCAAAGUUCAAUGCUCUUUUUGUCCGACCAAAGAUUCGAUCUGCCAUUUCUGAAUACCAAACGCAGCUGAUUGGGAAUGUCAAAAACGAUAUUGCAGCAUUGCAAGAGCGUUUCAUGCACCCGUAUGGUCAUACUGAGACACAUGCCAUGGCUCAGCUUCGUGAUCUGCCACCUGUCUCUGGCGCCAUCAUUCGUACACGCCAGAUAGAGAGACAACUGAACGCCUAUAUGAGUAAGGUGGAAGACGUUCUCGGCAAGGACUGGGCCCUCCACGUUGAGGGUCAGAAACUUCAGACCGAGAGCAACAUGUUCAGAAAGAAGCUCGAUGUCAAGCCCGUGUUCGACGAGUGGCUACGAGACGUCAACCGCCGACAACUCUCAGUUUCUGGCCGCUUGUUCGCUAUCAGCCGCAACCGUGCCAGUGGUAACAUUCUUGAAUUGAGUGUAAGCUUCGACGCCCAAGUUAUUACCCUCUUCAAGGAAGUUCGCAAUCUGCAGUGGCAGAAGUUCACAAUCCCUCACGCCAUCAGCAACACUUCCAAAGAAGCAAGGCGCGUCUACCCUUACGCCGUCAGCUUGAUGGAGAGUGUUAAUACCUACGCUCAGACCAUCAACGCGAUCGACAGUAUGCCUGAGGUCUCGAUGCUUGUAAACGGCGUUCGAAGUGAGGUGCAAGGCCUCAUUGCAAAGGGUACCCCUCUCAAGUGGGACAGUCUUUCAGGUGCUUACGAAGUCAACGUCCGUCAGAUGCCAACGGGCUCCUCGGAUCAGACAGAGAGCAAGCAUGUCAAGUUCAUCAGAGAUUUCGCCAAGGCGAUUCGUGAUUUGCAAGAAAAGACGUCGCUAUUAUCCUCGAUCAACAUUGCUGUCCAAACUGCGCUGACUGAGCUCGAAACAUGCUCUUACACCCAAGAAGCAUUUAGACAACAGAUUGACGUCAUCCAAAAAUCCGUCGACCAACUGAACCUGAAGAACUUCUCCAAUCUCUCCCUGUGGGUCGCUGAGACGAAUAAGAAGGUUCAACUCGUCUUGUUAUCUCGCCUGCAACACGCUCUAAGGCAAUGGAUUGCUAUUUUCGCUGCACUGAAGGAUGAUGAUGACGAUACUGAGGAUGCAGAGCAAGACCGCGAUGUACCUCACUUCGAGCCCUGUAUGCACGAGAUGGCUAUGCGAAACCAGUCAAUCUAUCUUGAUCCUCCGCUUGAAAGUGCAAGAGCUACCUGGCUUCAGCACCUUCAUGACUGGCUCAGUAUCGUCUGCAGUCUACCAAAGAUCCAAGCCGAAAGAUUCGAACUUGCUCUCGGUUUUAACCAAGAUGCUGUCGCUGCUACUUUCUCCGACCUGCCUUUGCUGUGUGUUGAUCCUCUGUCAAAUGCCUACAACGCAGUGGAAGACAAGAUUUCUGUCAUUGGCGGAUAUGUAGACCAAUGGCUCCAGUUCCAGUCUCUGUGGGAUCUGCAAUCUGAGCAGGUGUAUGAAUACCUGGGUGAAGAUCUCGCAAUGUGGUUACAGCUUCUACUCGAAAUCCGCAAGAAGCGUGAGACCUUCGACACAACCGAAACAACCCGCUCAUUCGAUCAUCUCACAAUCGAAUACGAGCAAGUGCAACUCAAGGUCAACGCCAAGUAUGACCAGUGGCAACACGAGUUGCGUACACAAUUUGCUCAGCGACUCGGCAACCGCAUGUCUGAAGUAUUUGCUGCAUUGCAGAAGGCCAGACAGGAACUGGAAGGACAGUCGCUGGAGGCCAGUUCUACUGCCCAGGCUGUAACAUUCAUCACCACUGUACAACAAUGCAAACGCAAGGUCAAGGCGUGGGAGCCGGAAAUCAAUACUUUCCGCGACGGACAAAAGACUCUAAUUCGACAGAGAUACCAAUUCGCUACCGACUGGCUGUAUGUCGAACAGAUCGAUGGCGAGUGGACUGCACUCAAUCAGGUCCUCGACCGAAAGAGCAAGGUUAUCGUAGAUCAAACCGAUGCUCUCAAGGCCAAGAUUGUCGCAGAAGACAGAGUUGUGGCUGGCCGCAUCACCGAGAUGACCUCUUCCUGGAACGAUAGCAAGCCUGUAUCUGGCACUAUCCCGCCCGAGGAAGCAGUCUCGACCCUGGCUGAAUUCGAGACUGGCUUUGCACAGUUGAACGAGCAGUCAGAAAUGGUCGCCAAAGCCAAAGAGGCUCUUGAUUUACCGCCUAGCGCCGAUUACGGUCUUGCCUCGCUCCUGGAGGAGGUACAAGAUUUCAAAUCUGUAUGGGCAAACCUGAAGAUGGUUUGGGAUGGACUUAACGAGCUCCGCGAACAGCUGUGGUCUAGCAUUCAGCCCCGAAAGCUUCGCCAAUCUUUGGAGAAGCUCAUCCAAAUGACAAAGGAAAUGCCUAGCAGAAUGCGUCAAUACGCAGCAUUUGAGCAUGUCCUCGGUGUGCUUCGUAGUCUCCUCAAGGUCAACCCCAUCCUCUCUGAUCUGAGAUCAGAUGCCAUCAAGGAGAGACACUGGAUCAAGAUUUUCAAGGCUCUCAAGCCAUCUCAGCGCUAUUCGUCCAUCUCAAUGACACUGGGUGACAUUUGGGACUUGCAACUUGGGCCCAGUGAGGUCAUCAUCAGGGAUGUGAUCACCCAAGCUCAGGGAGAGAUGGCUCUUGAAGAGUUUUUGCGUCAAGUCAAGGAUACAUGGCAGAACUACACACUCGAGUUGGUGAACUAUCAGAGUCGCUGCAGACUUAUUCGUGGCUGGGACGAUCUCUUUGCCAAGUGCAGUGAGCACCUCAACUCAUUGCAAGCGAUGCGUCACUCUCCCUACUACAAGGUCUUUGAAGAAGACGCAUCUACGUGGGAGGAGCGUCUUAAUCGCGUCCACCUUCUGUUUGAUGUAUGGAUUGAUGUGCAGCGCCAGUGGGUCUACCUGGAGGGUGUUUUCACCGGCAACGUUGACAUCAAAACUCUGCUUCCGAUGGAGUCCAAUCGCUUCAACAACAUCAACACCGAGUUCUUGGCUGUUCUGAAAAAGGUGUACAAAUCACCUUUGGUGCUUGAUGUACUCAACAUUCCUGGUGUGCAAAAAUCUUUGGAGCGUCUUGCCGAUCAGCUGAACCGAAUCCAAAAAGCUCUCGGAGAGUACCUUGAACGCGAGAGAGUGUCGUUCCCUCGUUUCUACUUCGUUGGCGACGAGGAUUUGCUCGAAAUCAUCGGCAACAGCAAUGAUACUCUGCGCAUUGCUAAGCACCUGAAAAAGAUGUUUGCUGGUAUCUCCGGUGUUGUCACCGAUGAAGAAGCCAACAUCACUGGCAUCACAUCACGAGAAGGAGAGCGGGUCAUGCUCAAAAAGAUUGUUUCUCUCUCCAAGACACCUAGAGUCAAUGAAUGGCUUGGUGCACUGGAGACAAACAUGAAAGAGACUCUCGCGGAGUCUUUCACCGAAGCAUACACUACCUUUGAUGAGCUUGCUGGUCAAGACAACAUCGAUGGUUCUGCUUUGGAGGCUUUCAUCAACGACUAUCCUGGUCAGAUCGUCGUACUUGCCACUCAAGCAUGUUGGACAAGGUGGGUUGGAACAGCGCUCAGCGAAAGCGGUGCUUCAUUGCCACAAUUGUUUGAUCGUCUAGUUGAGAUUCUGCGUCUUCUCGCGGCUUCGGUCUUGGGCGAUCUCAAUGCUCUGUACAGAAAGAAGUGUGAACACCUCAUCACUGAGUUCGUGCAUCAAAGAGACACUGUAGAAAAGCUUGUGAACGCCGGUGCUGACUCCCCUACUCACCAUCUCUGGCUCUUGUCGAUGCGCUACGAGUACCAGCCUGAAGCCGAGCUGCUGGAUCGCGUUCAGAUCAAGAUGGCAAAUGCUGUUCUUGCGUACGGUUUCGAAUAUCUUGGUGUACCCGACCGCCUUGUGCGCACUCCUCUGACAGAUCGUUGUUUCCUUACUCUUACUCAAGCUCUCUGUCAGAGGCUUGGUGGUUCGCCAUACGGACCUGCAGGUACUGGUAAAACCGAAUCAGUCAAGGCUCUCGGUGUCCAGCUCGGCCGCUUUACCCUGGUCUUCAACUGUGACGACACCUUCGACUACCAAGCCAUGGGUAGAAUUUUCCUCGGUAUCUCGCAAGUCGGUGCCUGGGGAUGUUUCGAUGAAUUCAAUAGACUGGAAGAGCGUAUCCUAUCUGCUGUCUCACAGCAGAUCCAGAACAUCCAGCUUGGUCUACGCAAGAGCACUAGCGAACAAAAGGCACAGAUUGAGCUCAUCGGACGCCAACUCAUCGUGCACCAGAAUACUGGUCUGUUCAUCACUAUGAACCCUGGCUACGCAGGUCGUUCAAAUCUGCCCGACAACUUGAAGAAGUUGUUCCGCAGUGUUGCUAUGUCGAAGCCCGACAAGGAGUUGAUCGCCGAAGUCAUGCUUUACUCUCAAGGUUUCUCACAAGCCAAGCCGCUCUCAAGACAAGUUGUUCCCUUCUUCGACCGCUGCGGUGCUAGUCUUUCGGCUCAGCCUCACUACGACUUCGGUCUUCGUGCUUUGAAGAGUGUCCUUGUCAGCUCCGGUGGCCUUAAGCGAUCACGCCUUGUGGACCAUGCAGGGGAGACACUACCCGAAGAGAUCGUCGAGCCUCAGAUCAUCGUACAGAGUCUUCGCGAAACCAUUGCACCCAAACUUGUGCGACCCGAUGUCGACAUCAUGCGUCAAGUCGAGGAUGAAGUUUUCCCUGGCGUACAGUAUGUGCCAGCUGAAUUGGCAGACCUUAAGAAGGCAAUUAAAGACAUCGCUGCCGAGAACAAGCUGAUCGCGACCGACUCAUGGAUGACCAAGGUACUCCAGCUUUACCAGAUUCAGAACAUCCAUCACGGUGUCAUGACUGUUGGUAGCUCGGGCACUGGCAAAUCCACUGCCUGGAAGACUUUGCUCGCUGCUCUGCAACGUGUCGACGGUAUUGAAGGAGUUUGUCACAUCAUCGAUCCCAAGGUCAUGUCAAAAGAGAGCCUUUAUGGCACCCUUGAUGCGACUACCCGCGAGUGGACCGAUGGUCUUUUCACCAGCAUCCUCCGAAAAAUUGUCGACAAUCUGAGAGGUGAAGAUAGCAAGCGCCACUGGAUUAUCUUUGACGGCGAUGUCGAUCCUGAAUGGGUUGAGAACUUGAACAGUGUUCUUGAUGACAACAAGCUGCUUACCUUGCCUAACGGUGAGCGUCUCAACCUGCCUGCGAACGUCCGCAUCAUGUUCGAAGUCGAGACCCUCAAGUAUGCCACCCUUGCCACUGUCAGUCGUUGCGGUAUGGUCUGGUUCAGCGACGAUACUGUGACUACUGAGCUGAUGAUCUCGAACCAUCUUGCCGAGUUGCGCAGUGCAAGCUUCGACGACCUAGAUGAAGAUUCGAUCUUAACCACCCAGACUGCUGCUGCUGUUGAAGCCGUGCAAAACCAAGUCGCGGAUCUACUCCAAGAACGUCUUGCUUCCAACAACUUCUGUACCCAAGCUCUUAGUGAAGCCAAGGGUUACAAUCAUAUUAUGGAGUUCACAGAGAUCAGAGCUCUAACUACCUUGUUCUCUCUCCUGCGCAAGGCCUGCAGAUCGAUCAUUGAGUAUAAUGUACAACAUCCCGAUUUCCCUCUAGAACUCGAGCAGAUCGAGUCGUUCAUGUCCAAGAAGCUUGUGCUCGCCAUCAUCUGGUCUUUUGUUGGAGAUUGUCCUCUGACAGACCGCAAGACUUUCGGCGAUUACAUUUCCAGCCUUGCUUCUAUCGAUCUGCCACCAUUGGUAGACCAAGGCUCGAUGAUCGACUACGAUGUGGUUCUUCCUGAAUCGCAGUGGGUACCAUGGCAGAACCAGGUUCCUUCGAUUGAAGUCAACACUCACUCCAUCACUCAGACCGAUGUUGUCAUCCCGACUGUCGACACUGUACGUCACGAAGACGUGCUCUACUCAUGGCUUGCUGAGCACAAGCCACUCUUGCUUUGCGGUCCUCCUGGAUCUGGUAAGACAAUGACCCUGUUCAGCGCUCUCAGAAAGUUACCUACUCUCGAGGUGGUCGGCCUCAACUUCUCGAGCGCUACAAGCCCCGAACUUCUCGUAAAGACGCUUGAGCAGUAUUGUGAGUACAAGAAGACGCUCAACGGCACUACACUUGCACCUACACAAAUCGGUCGCUGGCUUGUGUUGUUCUGCGACGAGAUCAACUUGCCCGCUCCUGAUAGGUAUGGCACUCAAAGAGUUAUCUCAUUCCUCCGCCAGAUGGUGGAACAUGGUGGAUUCUGGCGUACAGCUACAAAGACAUGGGUUAGCCUUGAGCGCAUCCAGUUUGUCGGCGCUUGUAACCCUCCUACUGAUGCUGGUCGUACCCCACUGGGUCUGAGAUUCUUGAGACACGCUCCGCUCAUCAUGGUCGACUAUCCUGGUGAACUGUCUCUCACUCAGAUCUAUGGCACGUUCAACAGUGCUGUACUCAAGAUCAUUCCUUCUCUGCGCGGCUACUCGGACGCCCUGACAAGAGCUAUGAUUCAGCUCUACUCUGAAUCGCAAAAGCGUUUCACUGCAGACAUCCAGCCUCACUAUGUUUACUCGCCUCGUGAGUUGACUCGCUGGGUACGUGCUGUGUACGAAGCUAUCAAGCCUCUCGAAGUCCUUAGCCUGGAGGGUUUGGUCAGAAUUUGGGCUCACGAAGCCUUGCGUCUUUUCUCAGACAGACUCAUUGCCGAGGACGAAAGACAAUGGACCGAAGAAGCAGUCAACAGAAUUGCUCUUGAGCACUUCCCUAACGUCGAUGAGGUCACUGCUCUGCAGCGCCCCAUUCUCUACUCAACCUGGAUGUCUAAGCACUACGAGCCCGUCGAUCGUGAGCAACUCCGCGACUACCUUCGCAUCCGUCUUCGCCAAUUCUGCGAAGAAGAGCUCGACGUACCUCUCAUUCUCUUCAAUGACGUCCUUGACCACAUCCUUCGCAUUGACAGAGUCUUCAGACAGCCCCAAGGACAUCUCAUUCUCAUUGGUGUCAGCGGAAGUGGCAAGACUACACUAUCUCGCUUCGUUGCUUGGUCGAGCGGCCUCAAGGUGUUCCAAAUCAAGGUCCAUGGCAAGUACACAGCCGAGGACUUUGAUGACGAUCUCAGAAACGUCCUCAGAAGAUGUGGUGUCAAGGGUGAAAAGAUUUGCUUCAUCAUGGACGAGUCAAACGUUCUCGACUCUGGCUUCUUGGAACGCAUGAAUACUCUUCUCGCCAACGGUGAGGUUCCUGGUCUCUUCGAGGGUGAUGAAUUUGCUUCUCUUAUGACUGCCUGCAAGGAAGCUGCCCAGAGCAAGGGUCAGCUUCUGGACUCUCAAGAAGAGCUAUACAAGUGGUUCACGCAGCAAAUUGUACAGAACUUGCACGUCGUCUUCACUAUGAACCCUCCUACUGAAGGCUUGUCCUCAAAGGCAGCUACCAGUCCUGCUUUGUUCAACAGAUGCGUGCUCAACUGGUUCGGUGACUGGUCUGACCAAGCGCUCUUCCAGGUUGGAUACGAGCUUACUCAAUCGGUUGAUCUUGACCGGGCAUCAUAUGCCUCGCCAGACAGCAUCCCUGUCGCUUACCGCCAACUUCAGCUCCCUGCAUCUCACCGUGAUGCUGUGGUCAACUCCAUGGUUCAUGUCCACCACUCCAUGCACAAGUUCAACGGCAGACUUCUUCGUCAACAAAACAAGACAACCUAUCUCACACCUCGCCAUUUCCUUGACUUCUUGAACCAAUUUGUCAAACUAUAUAACGAGAAGCGUGAUGACUUGGAAGAACAGCAACGUCAUCUCAACAUCGGUCUGGACAAGUUGCACGAAACUACAGUCCAAGUUUCUACCAUGUCAAAGAGUCUGACUGAGAAGAACAUUGAGUUGCAAACAAAGGAUGCUGAGGCCAACGAGAAGCUGCAACGCAUGAUUGCUGAUCAACGUGAGGCUGAAACGCGCCGUGCUGCAUCACUUGAAGUACAGAAUGCACUAGUUGAACAAGAGAGAAUCGUCGCAGAGAGAAGAGAAGUAGUUCUUAACGACCUGGCUCAGGCCGAGCCCGCUGUUAUCGAAGCCCAAAAGAGUGUCAGCAACAUCAAAAAACAACAUCUGACCGAAGUCCGUUCCAUGCAGAACCCUCCUUCAGGUGUCAAGCUCGCACUCGAGUCCGUCUGCACUUUGCUCGGUCACAAGGCACCCGACUGGAAGACCAUUGUAUCAAUUGUUCGACGCGACGACUUCAUUGCCAGUAUUGUAAACUACGACAACGAGAGACAGAUGACUGGCAGUCUUCGCACCAAGAUGCAGAGAGAGUUUUUGUCCAAGGAUGACUUCAGCUUCGAGCGUGUCAACCGUGCCAGUAAGGCUUGUGGUCCUCUCGUCCAGUGGGUUGAAGCCCAAGUCAACUACUCUGCCAUUCUCGACCGCAUCGGUCCGCUCAGAGAGGAGGUCGCUCAACUCGAGGAGGAGGCUCUUCAGACGAAGGCUAACGCCCAGGCAAUAUUCUCCGAGAUCAAGAAGCUCGACAACAACAUCGCUACCUACAAGACUGAGUACGCUGCUCUCGUCAGUCAAGUCGAGGCAAUCAAGAGCGAGAUGGCUCGCGUUCAGAGCAAGGUGAAUCGCAGUUCGAAGUUGAUCACAAACUUGUCCUCCGAACGAGAAAGAUGGGACCAGACCAGCAAGUCUUUCGAUGCACAGAUGGACACCAUCGUCGGCGACGUCUUCCUUGCCGCUGCAUUCCUCGCGUAUGGUGGUCUCUAUGAUCAGCAGUACCGUAAGGCCAUGCUUGAAGACUGGGCAUUCCAACUCGCAGCGUCCAGCAUACACCACAAGCCGCAUAAUCCUAUGGCUGAAUACCUCUCUACUGCGGACGACAGAUUGCAAUGGCAGCAAAACUCGUUGCCUGUGGACGACCUCUGCACAGAGAAUGCCAUCAUGCUUCAGCGUUUCAACAGAUAUCCUCUCAUCAUCGAUCCUUCGGGUCGUACUGUUGAGUUCUUGCAAAACGAGUGCAAGGAUCGUAGAUUGACCGUCACAAGUUUCCUCGACAGCUCGUUCACCAAGCAAUUGGAGAGUUCGCUGCGUUUCGGUAAUCCUAUUCUCAUCCAGGAUGCAGAGCAUUUGGAUCCUAUUCUCAACCACGUUCUCAACAAGGAAUACCAAAAGACUGGUGGCCGUGUGCUCAUUCAACUUGGAAGACAAGAGAUUGACUUCUCACCUGCCUUCCGUCUCUAUCUCACAACAAGAGACCCUUCGGCAACGUUUGCACCAGACAUCUGCAGUAGAACCACCUUCGUCAACUUCACGGUUACCCAAAGCAGUCUGCGCACCCAAGCUCUCAACGAUGUACUCAAGUCUGAGCGUCCGGAUGUUGAUGAAAGACGUACCAACCUUGUCAAAACCCAAGGCGAAUUCAGAUUGCGUCUUCGUCACCUUGAGAAGCAGCUUCUUCGUGCUCUCAAUGAGUCUCAAGGCAACAUUCUCGACGAUGACAAGGUUAUUCAGACGCUCGAGACACUCAAGAAAGAAGCCAGUGAGAUUGCAGUCAAGGCCGCCGAGACCGACGGUGUCAUGACAGAGGUAGAACGUAUUACCAUGUCUUACGAUGUCAUUGCACAGUCGUGUUCUGCAAUCUUUGCCGUGCUCGACCAAUUGCACCACAUCAAUCACUUCUACCAAUUCUCUCUGCAGUACUUUGUGGAUAUCUUCCAUACUGUGCUUCGUGAUUCAAAGAGCAGACCUGCCGGAAGCCAUGAGAACAGAGUCGAUUCCAUCAUCAAAGAGAUAUUCAUCAGCACUUACCGUAGUACUGCCCUCACACUGCUGCAGAAGGACCGCAUCACCUUCGCCAUGCUUCUGGCACAAGCCUCGCCUCUGAAGAUGGACAAGACCUUGAUCGACAAGGUGCUGGACGAGGAUCUGAAGGGCAUCGACUUGUCGACCAACCCUGAACUCAGAGACGAAGCCAUGACACGCGCUUCAUCCAUCAGACAAUUCAAGGAUGCUCUCAGCCAAGUGUCCGAAGAUGAAUGGAGCACUUUCUUCUCAGCUGAGUUCCCCGAGAAGAACGUGCCGAUGCUUGGAGAGACAGACAACGAGCUCGACCGAAGACUUCUCAACCUCUUGCUCAUCAAGAUCCAUCGUGUCGAUCGUCUUGUUCCUGCCGCUGAAGUGUUCAUCACUUCUCUCUUUGGUGCAGCAAUGCUUGACGUCAGCGAUGAUCUCAAUCGUAUUGUCAAGGAAGUCACAGCAAACACGCCCAUCGCACUUUCCUCAUCACCUGGCUUCGAUGCGAGUUACAAGGUUGAUCAACUUGUGGAGCGCACGGCUUCUCGUUGUGCCAACGUCGCUAUGGGUUCUAACGAAUCACUGGCUAAUGCCGAUGCCGCUCUUGCAAAUGCUGCAGCAACCGGCUCGUGGGUCAUGGUGAAGAACGUGCACUUAGCUGCUCACUGGCUACAGAAUUUGGAGAAGAGAAUUGACAGUCUCAAGCCUCACCCAGACUUCAGGCUCUUCCUGUCGAUGGAGAGCUCUCCCAAGAUCCCUGUUAACCUAUUAAGAGCAUCACGAGUUUUGAGUUACGAACAGCCUGCUGGUAUCAGAGCCAACAUGCGCGAUUCUAUGGCUUCUCUCAAGGAGGCUGGAUCUCAACAGCCUGUUGAGAAGGCCAGAGUGUAUUUCCUCCUCGCCUUCCUGCAUGCUGUAGUUCAAGAACGUCUCCGAUAUGCUCCUCGCCUUGGAUGGAGUGGCUUCUGGGAGUUUAACGACAGUGAUUUCGAGUGCUCGAUCUUCAUCAUCGACACCUGGAUGACCACCGUCGCCGGCAAUCGGUCCAACAUUGCACCCAAUGCCAUUCCUUGGUCUCUGUUGCGUAUCAUGGUCACCGAGACUUACGGUGGCAAGAUUGAUAGCGCCUCCGACUUUUCGGUGUUGUCCCAAUUGGUGUCCUCUGUGCUCACCCCCGCUGCCUUUGAAGAAAACUUUGCUCUGCAGCAGGGUCUCACUGUGCCUAAUGGUACCACCAAGAGAGACUUUGAAGCAUGGAUCAAGGGUCUUCCCGAGCGCGAGCCUCCCACUUAUCUUGGUCUUGAGGCCAAUGCCGAGAAGUUGCUGCUUGUUGCACAUGCGGACGAGAUGUGUGAGGGUCUGCGCCGUGUCAUGGAAGUGUUGGAUGAAGGUGAAGCCGUCAUGGCGGAAGCUGCCGAGGUUGUGGAAAUGCAGUAG